CAUCUCCCCGUCCUUAUCCAUCGAUCGUUACCUCCAAUCGGCCGUCGGCCUGCCCUGUGCUUGCAGUCGCGGCGGACUCGCCGUGCUGUCGUCUCGUCAAAACGAUCUCGCCGUCCUCUUCUCCGCUCCCCCUUCUCAGUUCUCACCGAAUCCUUUCCCUACUUAAUCAACGCUGCCAUUUCUGAGCUUCUCAUCGAGUCUUUUAACCAAAACCCACCAGAGGCGUAGGUAGGUGUGACUGCGGGGGGGAAUCACCAAAAUGCCCUCCGUCUCCUACCUCCUCCUCACCCUUCUGCUGCUCGCCGAAGGCGGCGCGGCGGCGGCGGAGGCUGACGCUGCUACCACUGCCACCGGCGGCGGAGGGGACCUGCGGGCGUACGAGGCACUGUUCGAGGCGUGGUGCGCGGAGCACGGGCGGGCGUACUCUACGCCCGAGGAGCGCGCGGCGCGGCUCGCGGUGUUCGCGGACAACGCGGCCUUCGUGGCGGCGCACAGCGCCAACGCCGCCAACUCGUCCAGGUCCUACACGCUCGCGCUCAACGCCUUCGCGGACCUGACGCACGAGGAGUUCCGCGCCGCGCGCCUCGGCCGCCUCGCCGUCGUACCGGAGGGGGCUCUCGGGCGCCGCGGCGGCGGCGUGGCGUACCGAGGCCUCGACGGCGGCUUCGGCGCGGUCCCCGAUGCGGUGGACUGGAGGCAGAGCGGUGCCGUCACCAAGGUCAAGGACCAGGGCAGCUGCGGAGCUUGUUGGAGCUUUUCUGCUACAGGUGCUAUGGAAGGAAUAAACAAAAUCAAGACGGGCUCUCUGGUCAGCCUUUCUGAACAGGAACUAAUUGACUGUGACAGAUCCUAUAAUAGCGGCUGUGGUGGUGGUCUCAUGGAUUAUGCCUAUAAGUUUGUGAUUAAAAAUGGUGGAAUUGAUACGGAGGAUGAUUAUCCCUAUCGUGAAGCAGAUGGAACAUGUAACAAGGACAAGCUCAAAAGGCGAGUUGUAACAAUUGAUGGUUACACUGUUGUACCUUCCAACAAUGAAGACUUGUUACUCAAGGCCGUUGCCCAACAACCUGUUAGCGUAGGAAUAUGUGGCAGCGCUAGAGCAUUUCAGCUAUACUCCCAGGGUAUCUUUGAUGGUCCAUGUCCAACAUCUCUUGAUCAUGCUGUGUUAAUCGUUGGUUAUGGUUCUGAAGGUGGCAAGGAUUACUGGAUUGUGAAAAAUUCUUGGGGUGAACGUUGGGGAAUGAAGGGCUAUAUGCAUAUGCAUCGAAACACUGGUAAUUCCAAUGGUGUCUGUGGUAUAAACCAGAUGUCAUCAUUUCCUACAAAAACGAGCCCAAAUCCUCCUCCUUCACCAGGCCCAGGUCCAACCAAAUGCAGCACCCUUACCUACUGCCCUGAAGGAUCCACCUGUUGUUGCUCCUGGCGCAUCUUGGGAUUUUGCCUUUCUUGGAGCUGCUGCGAACUGGACAAUGCAGUUUGCUGCAAGGAUAACCGUUAUUGCUGCCCUCAUGACUAUCCUAUCUGUGAUUCAGUUCGCAACCAGUGUCUCAGAGCCAAUGGAAACUUUUCUGGUAUAGAAGGAAUUAGGAGGAAGCAGUCUUUAUCUAAAGUUCCCUCUUUGACUGGUUUGUUGGAACUGAUGGAUCAAUGAACAUAUAAUCAUUGGUGGAUUGAAGUUCUCCAAAUAUGCUGACCUUUGUCUGUCAGUCUGUCUCCAACAAUACAGAGUCAACCAAGUUCUUGUACAAGGGGUUGGCCUAGUCUAGCUGCCUUCUUCAAGGGCCCUGCUACCACCUUGUAUACACUAGCUCCUCGAAGCCUGUUGUCUUGCACAGAGAUGUUCAGAUUUGCUGUGUAUUGGUGAACCAUACUGUGGUGUGGAACUUCAUGAUUGUACAUGCCAGGCUCGCACUAGCUUGUGAAUUUAGAGAGCCACUGCACGGAUGAUUGUAUUUGACUCAAUUUGUACCACAGUUGAGGACCAGGCCUAAUAAAGAUUUGUGUAGAGUGUA